UUGAAAACGGAAGACCAAGACGGAUGACCAAAACCAAUGUGUUUUCGAAAAUAGCAGGCUACUUGGAAACAGCUUCUAAAGGUCUGGCCAUGGGGGUCUCAGGUUUUACCUAUCUGGUCGUCCUGUGCCUCUCCGUCAUACCCCCGACCACCCCAUCCUGCACCAGGGGCUCCUUUCGAGAGUGCAAAGAGGCCGAGUUUGCUCCGGGCUCCAACCUGGCCGGCGAGGGCUUCGAUAUCACCAGGAUGCAGCGCAAGGGGGCCUUUGUGAUCGACAUGAACCUGUGGAGACGCGAGAACAACACCUGCCUGCUGUGCAAGAACCCGUAUGAAGAAGGGAAGAUGCAGAAAGUCCCAGUGUCAGUGGUGGACUGGAGACCCACUAAAAGAUGUAGCAUGGAAGUUUCAAGCAAACAAUAUCAGUCGAGCGAGUCCCUGGUCAGUUCUAGCAGUUCUAGUGUGGAGAAUAACUGGAAAGCUUCUUUAGAUAUACAGGCUAAAAGAGGCGAGGGCUCUCUUACGUUAGCGGGGACAAACUCAAAAUUGGCUGAAUACUCGAUGGAAAAAACAAAGAGGGACAAAUUCACCUUCCUGAGUCACAAGACGGUCUGUGGGUUUUACAGCUACAGGGUUUCCAACCGGCCGAAUCUCCAUCCAGAGUUCCAAUACGCCAUCAACCAGCUUCCCAAGACUUACACCAAUGAGAACAAGGGCCGUUUCUACAAGCUCAUCGACAACUUUGGCACCCACUACAUGACUAAAGUGACCCUGGGUGGGAUGGUGCACUCGGUGACCAGUGUCAGGCAGUGCAUGGCCUCCCUACAAGGCCUGUCGUCGGACGAGGUCAAGAUGUGUCUGGACAUAGAGGCUUCUGCCAGCUCUGGAGGCAAAGCAAAGGGAUCAGCAGCAGUGAAUCACUGUCGAGAUGCGAAGGACAAGAUUGAGGGAGGGAACCGUUUCUCAUCUAGCUUCAGUGACAGGUUUACAGAGGUCUUUGGUGGCCACAGCACCGACAGCGAUCUUCUCUUCUCUGCUGACAAAGACCCUUCAGCCUAUAAGGACUGGCUCUCCUCCCUUCCCCUCAACCCAGACGUGAUCACCUACUCACUGGAUCCACUGCACGAGCUGCUUCCACCUCAACUUCUCGUCAGGAAAGAACUACGCAAAGCAAUCCAGCAUUACGUUCUAGAGCAAGGACUCUGGCAAAACUGCUCAAAGCCCUGCAAGUCUGGCAUCAAAAGAAACCCCAAAGAACCCUGUGCUUGCAGUUGUCAUGGUAAUCCUGGCGUAGGUAGCGAUUGUUGUCCCACCAAACGUGGUCUCGCUCGAGUCAUCAUCACUGCAGUGAAGGCAACAGGGUUGUGGGGUGACACCACCACAGGAACUGAUGCCUAUGUGAAGGUGUUUAACUCCCAGAAGAUGCUAAUCGGACGCAGCAAUGUGAUUUGGAAUAACAACUACCCUCAGUGGAACAUGCCUUUUGAUAUUGGUGAUGUCCUCUUGUCCCAGACCAGCAUGGUGAGGUUUGAGGUGUGGGACGAAGACAGUGGGUGGGAUGACGACUUGCUUGGUGCUUGCACUGUCAACCUCAAGGAAGGGACCAAGGGCAAUGCAUGUGCCCUGAACCACGGAAUGUUCUACUACAAACUCCAGGUGACCUGUGGCCCCAGCUUGAGCGGUCCGUCCUGCUCUGAGUAUGUGAGCUCUCCCAUGAACGCUCAGCUGGAGAAACUGUACGUGUCCCGCCAUGCUCGACCCAUACCGAAGGAAAUGCUCCUCAAUAUGGGAGUGUUUGGGAUUGGUGGUACUUCAAACUUGAAUAUUACUGGGUUUGUCUAAGGCCUAAUCCAAACGUUUUUAAGUCUGAUAUUUUUAAUUGUUUGGGGCUUGCGUCCACAUGGCACCAGCAGCUUGGUUACCCAAAACUGGUUGCCAAAUCUUGAAUUAGCAAAAUACAUUAGGCCAUAACAACCCCCUGCCCCCAUUAACAAGUAAUAUCAAUAUAUAACAAUACGACGUUUCAUGCCAGGGAUUUCGCCCACUGUAUUGGAAUGUUAUAAAAUCUCUCUUCUUGCCACACAAUUUGCGGCACAUGCACACACAUGUGUAAACAAAGAUAGCCUACCAACAGUGCAUUAUUGUUUUUUUAUAUACUUAUUCAACAGCAUAGUUUUCUUCUGCUCACUUUAGUUUGAACUUGCAGUCAUUUUCUCUCUUUUUUUGUCCAUAGAAAGUGGCAACAUGAAAGUAGACAAGUGAGGUACUGUAAACGGAUGUGCUCUCUGUUUUGAAAAUUGGAUUACUGUAUAUUGCUUUUAGCCAUGGACAAAACAUUUAAUCUAAUCCUAUUUUAUUAAACACCUCAAACAUACAUUUCCAACUGACUAGUUCAAAUGCUUUUUCUGUGUCUAAUGUAAUCAAAACCAUAUCCUCAUUUUGUCUUUGGGUAUAGUCCAGGGGUGCUCAAACUUUUUCAACAUGUGAGCUACUUAUUGAAAUGGGUGUGUGAAAAUGAUCUACUCCGGGGUUUUAUGUCAGUUUCGUCCACUUCUGAUGCUAUUAGCCAUUCCCGUAAUAUGGCUGGUUUAGACAGUGGCAGUCGGUGAAAACUGUCGGGGUUCCAUCUUUUCAUUUUACGGCCGCACCCGGUAUAAGAACCGCGGACCAUGUUUAGCCUACCUAGCCACCUGAUGGAGUAGCCUGCAUCCGGGUCAGACUAGAGAGUUGCAACAGUGAGACACCUCUGAAAACACUGGCCAGUGAAACACUGUGUGGUUUGAUGAUUCUUAUCUGUGCCUCGGUUUGAUUGACGAGACCUUUGUGAUGAAGUGUGUAUCGUUUUUGAGGUUGUUUAUAGCGGGGAAACAUCAGAAAAUAAUAUUUACAAAUUGGCCCCGCCGUGAUGCAUUGGCUGCGUUAUUCACCAAAAAGCUUAAAAUAAGCUAACUCCAUAACGGCGCGGCAUUCCCCUGAAUGGCUCAUCAUUAGAUACAUUUUGGGGCAUGGGAAAUCGAUGGUGAAACUUUAAUUUUACACCAGAACUAUCCUUUAAGUAUCGAUAUAGGCCCAUAUGAAGUGCAUUUUGUAUUGUCUUUUCCUUGCUUAUGUAUAAGGAUUGUGAUAGAUGAUGCCCAGGUUUUUGCGCAUUUGCCUGUGCGUAAUGCAUAGUUAUGUGCUUCACACAGUAAAGGCAGCAGUUCAUUUUUAAAUGUUUUGUAGAAUUAAUUUGUGUAACCAUCAUCACAUGGGAUUUUCUUUAAACGUUGAAUUUGUUCAUUUAUUUCCUCUAUUGCGAUUCCUUUUAUUAAUUCCUUGUUAUUUUCUUUGGUUAACUUUGGCAUUUCUUUAACUUCAAGUAUUUCAGA